AUGUGGGACGGGUUCUUAUGCUGCCUGUUAGCUUCCAUCUUGUUUGGGAGCGUCUUCGUCCCGAUGAGAAGACAUCCGAUGGGUGAUGGCUAUUACGCGCAGCUCUUCUUCUCCCUCGGCGCUUUUCUGAUCACAUUUCCUAUCGGCAUCUACUACCCGCCUACCGUAUACCCGCUCGUCAUGUUCGGGGGAGCGUUGUGGUGCUUUGAUCGUCGCCUACCUCCCACCGUCGCAACAACUGCCCGGGCUUGUCGUGUCACUAUGGAGGUGUUGUACUUUAAAGAAAUUACGGGAAAUCGCAACAUCACCCUCCUCGCCGUCGCCUAUUCUUUGACGCUGGUCGGCGUAGCGGUCAUCACAGCAUCCAGAACGAUCUCGCUC